AUGAUGACGAGGUGUGGGAGGUCGAGAAAUCGCGCCACCUUCGUUCCUGCUGCCCCCGCUGCUGCCGGUGCGCCCCUGACGUCGGUGAUGUUGAAACUCUCUCCACCAGACGCCCCGACCAAGCUGCAGACCGAGCCACGUACACGCAGUAGGUCCCCGCAUAGCAUGCCCUUACAACAUAGACACCGUGGAUACCGUGGCAGUUUUCGGGUUGCUCCUCAACUUCCAAGGGCAGCUCAGCCAGUUCUUCCUCUUUUAUUUGGAACCUUAAAAGGCUGGCCGUUUUACGCAGAGUUUCUGUUUGCUUGGGAAGAACAUGGCAACGGCGAGGCCUGUCAGUUGGGUGUAGCCACAGGAUCAAAGGAUAGCCAGGAUAUCCAAUCUGUGCAGCUCAAGUUCUCGCCCAGUGCAGGAGCAAUGUUUCAGCAGCGACCAGAGGGCUCUUUCCGCAUGUGGCCCAUGGAUGAUCUUUGGGUGGAUGCUUCUCAGCCCGGAACCCGAACUUUCUUGGAAGCCGGUGUGUACAUAAGCGAUGUGGGGCAGAUUGCAUUCUACCGAAAGGGGCCUUAUACGCAGGAACACAAAGGUGAUGGUGAGAGGCAGCUUGCCUGGGAAGUCGCCGGUGGAUUUGAGUGUCAACCUGAUACUGCAGAGCCGGCAGAGCACUUCCACGUGGUCCUAUGUCUGUUAGAUGAGCAAACCCCACUCGAGGCAAACAUUUCAAAAGUUGGAUCCGAACCUCCUCUUCCUGUGGUGACUGCACGGCAAGUGUGGAUCCCAGAAACGCAUGCCCAUUAA